AUGGGGGCCGAUUACUACAAGGUCCUCGGCGUCGACCGCGGCGCCGGCGACGACGACCUCAAGAAGGCCUAUCGGAAGCUCGCCAUGCGAUGGCACCCCGACAAGAACUCCACCAACAAGAAGGAGGCGGAAACCAAGUUCAAGGAGAUCUCUGUGGCAUACGAGGUCCUUAGCGAUCCCAAGAAACGUGCAAUCUAUGAUCAGCUAGGGGAAGAAGGGCUCAAGGGUCAGCCACCCCCAGGUGCAGGAGCAGGAGGUCCUGGCGCAUUUCCCUUCUUCCCUGGCGGGGCUCAUUCCACCGCUCACCAUUUUAAUCCGAGGAGCGCGGACGAUAUAUUUAAAGAGUUCUUUGGAUUCCCUGGCAUGGGUGGCAUGGGCGGCAUGAGAGCGGAACCAGGAUUCCAGAGGUCAAUGUUUGGCAACGAUAUCUUCUCUUCACGCUUUGGCGCUGAGGGUUCCACCAGUAUGCAGCAGCCAUCGCACAAGCCACCUGCAAUUGAGAAUAGACUUCCAGUCAGCCUUGCAGAUCUGUACAAGGGUGUGACAAAAAAGAUGAAAAUCUCAAGAGAGACUAUAGAUGCCAGUGGGAGAAUCUCAAACGCAGAGGAUAUUCUGACAAUAGAAGUAAAGCCUGGUUGGAAGAAGGGAACAAAGAUUACGUUUCCUGACAAGGGAAAUGAAGCUCCAAAUAUGAAACCUGCUGAUAUUGUUUUCAUCAUUGAUGAGAAGCCCCAUGAUGUUUUCACUCGGGAUGGGAAUGAUCUUGUCAUGACUGAGAAAAUCUCGCUGGUGGAAGCACUGACUGGCUAUACUGCACGUGUCACUACACUUGACGGGCGGAGCCUAUCAUUACCCAUCAACUCAAUAAUCCAUCCGAACUACGAAGAGGUAAUCCCUAGAGAGGGCAUGCCAAUACCCAAGAACCCCACUAAGAAAGGAAAUCUGCGGAUUAAGUUCAACAUAAUGUUCCCCUGUAGGCUGACUUCUGAUCAGAAGGCUGGGAUCAAAAGGCUAUUGGGUUCUUAG